CCCUCUACUAUAUACUUUUUACCGCCCACCCCACUGAGAAGUGAUCAAUGCAUCACAUAACGUAAGUGUGGCUUUUAAUUUGUGACGAUGGAUGGCCCGAAUGGAGGAGGGGGGGACUGUGUAGGAGGAGGAGAAUGGCGAAGUGGAAACUAUGAUGCAACAAACCAGAUAAAACACCUAUUGAAUAUCCACACAGACGAUGUAGGGAAGCAAAUUGUGGAUGCUCAGCCUCACACUCCUCCACAGAAUAUUCCUGGGCAUAGACAGGGUCAACUUACACACGAGCACUUCGAAAGGUCAGGCAGUCCCUCCAAUAAGCAACAGCGCUGGGAUAACAACAGAUACCAUGAUGGGCGACAUCGAGUGGACAGUUACGGAAGCCCUGGUAGAACCAAUCCUAGAUAUGGCAAUUACGAUCAAUGCCGCACUCCUCCUCAUAGAUAUGACAUAAGGCAACGUGCAGAAAGUUACGGGAGUCCAAGUAGAAGCAAUCAUAGACAAGGAAGCAAUGAUCGUGGCUAUAUUGGUAGUCCCCGAAACCAGCAUCAAUUUCAGCAUCAGCACAGAGGUCCUCUUAAAGAUCAAAGGGACAUGCGGGUGAAUGGGCCAAGAAAGAUAAAUUCUUCAGUGAAUUCUCAAAUGGCUGUGGGAUCUGAUGCUGAGAGUCCAGAUUUUCAACCUAGUCCAGAAAUUUUAGCAGAACUUGAAGAGCAGUUUUUAUUUCCUCUUAAAAAAAAAUCCAUGAGAUUUCCAAAGGCCAAGUACUUCUGCCGUCUAUGUGAUUACCAUUGUGAUUCCUUAGUUGUUUGUAGAAGGCAUAUUUCUGACACCAGACACAGGAAACUCAAGGAGGCCAAAGCUGUAGAAACUACUCUUAAGAAUGUGCCACCAGCUACGGACGAACAUAUUUCUUCUAUUGACAAAAUGGUUAAAUCCAUUGCUGAACAGAUGAAAGUUACUCCAGAUAUGUUGAAACAGCGGCAGGAAGUUCUAACCCAGCUCAAUGAUCUUCUUGUUGCUAAAGUUGAAGGUUGUCACUUGGAGAUGGUGGGUUCAUCUGUGAGUGGUUUCUGCCUAAAAACAAGUGAUAUUAACAUUGAUGUUGUUAUGGAAGAGAACCUUAAUCCAUCUACUGCUCUGUUAGCAGUAAAAGAAUUAGUUGAAAAAUGUGACAUAUACAGAGAUGUAAUCAAUGAUCUGUCAUCAUCUUUCCCAACUAUGUCCUUCACUCAUGCCAAGACCAAUUUGCGUAUGGUAGUAGGGGCAAGUACUACAUCUUCCAAGCUUACUAAUCAGUUAUUGGCUGAUUAUGCUUCCUUGGAUCCACGGGUGCCAAUCUUGGGUGUGGCUUUCAGAUACUGGGCUCAGCUUUGCCAGAUAGAUGACCAGACACGAGGAACUCUUCCUCCUCAUGUAUUCCCGCUGAUGGUGGUGCACUUCUUGCAACAACACCAGCCUCCUGUUCUCCCAGUUCUUCAUGAGCUACACCCAAACCCUGAUGGAGAUGUUUACUUACGUCCUGCUGAACUAGGUGAUAAGUGGAAGUGCAAAAAUACUGACUCUGUGGGAAAAUUGUGGCAGGAUUUAUUUAGGUUCUAUACAGUAGGGUUUAAAAUGUUAGAUUUUGUAAUCAAUGUUCGUCAGCAUCAACCCAUUACAAGAGCUGAGAAAACGUGGAGCAAGAAAAUAGCUGUCGAAGAUCCUUUUGUGCAGAAGAGAAAUUUAACCAGGACAGUGAGUGGGAACCCAGUGUUUGAGUAUAUUGUGGAUCGCUUCAAGACCACCUACAAGUACUUUGCCAUUCCGCAGUUAACUUAUGGUCCUCUCUUCCUGCACAUUGUUGUCAAAGAGAUGCAAGCUGCUAAUGGAUCAAAAGCAGCAGCAGAUGUCAGUCAGAGGAACAAAAAAGGAGAUAUGCUACUGGAGUCCAUAGAGAAGGCUGGGCAUUCCUUAAGUGAAGGCUCUUCAGAAUGUGAGAUGGAGAGGACUGAAGAUGACAUUGAUGUGACAGUUGAAGGGGAAGAGUAUGAAGAUGAUGAAGAUCCAGCAAACUUAUCAGGGUUUGAGGCUGACCUCAGUACAUUAUCUAUGGAAGAAAAUUUGGAUGAACCCCAAGAAACUCUGAGCCCCAAUGGUCUCAGCUCACAGGAAGAAGAACCAAGUGAAGCUACCUUAGAUGACUUGAUAGCAACAAUACCAUUUGUGACUCCAAGUCAGGCAGCAAAACUCAUGCAUCAAGUUCAAGAAAAUCAGAUUGUUUUAAGGUUUGAAGGAAAGAUCUUUACAUUGGGGCAAAAGCCACCAUUAAUAUGUGGAUCAUGCCAGAAGGAAGGGCAUUGCAAGGCAGACUGCCGUGAAGAUGAGCUACCACCACUGAAGUGUUUACCACCCAUGAAUAGUCACUUCCUCAAUCAGCUCACUGCCAUAUUUGAACAGCUAACAAAGGAUUUUGAACCAAGUAUAGAAGAAAUUGAUGAGAGAGAUAGAAUAGUUGCUGACUUGGAAAAUUACAUUCACCAGUUCUUCCGUGGGGUGACUCUCAAGUUAUUUGGUUCCUCAGCAAAUGGUUUUGGUUUCCAACGUUCAGAUUUAGACAUUUGCUUGACCUUUGAGGGUAAUCCAUCAGGUGAUGAUAUAGAUCACAUCAAGAUCAUAGAAUCUCUAGCAGAUAAAUUGAAAAGAUAUCGUCAGUGUGGUCAUGUGUUUGCCAUAACAACAGCAAAGGUUCCAAUUGUCAAGUUUUCCAUCCGGCAUGCCUCCCUUGAAGGUGACCUCUCUCUCUACAACACGUUAGCACUGCAGAAUACCAAACUUUUACAUACUUAUUCCAGAAUUGAUUAUAGAGUGAAGAUGGAGAAAGGAGCCUAUGGUUUGGCAGAGUGCAUAUUCCUAUGUAAAAGAAAAGUAGAUGAUGGAGAAGGACUGGCAUGGAAAGAUUAUGGCAAGAAUAAGGAAUCCAGUGGGACAGUAUGGGUGGUCCAUGUUGUGCUAUUUACAACGGAGACUUUCAUUGGAAAGGAAUUGUUGUUACAAACAGCAUUGGCACCAACAACAACGGUUUUGCAGAAAUUGGGAGAAUAUCACGGUUGCAUUGUCAUCGAAGACCCCUUGAUCUAG